AUGAAGAUUCCUCCAUUUACAUCACUGCCACCGGCCAGUAUAAGACGAAGCCUUACAACAUCAGAAUGGGAAGCCUGCAUAGCCGCUUGGCUGACAUUAUCCCAAGUGACUCUAGACUUUUCCAAGGAAAGAUUCGUCGAGCAAUGUCAUGAACAGAAUUCCCUGCCGACAUUCCUCGAUUCGUUCUAUACACAAGUCGCCGAGGCGGGACCUCAAGAUGGACAACUCCGAUCGAUCCAAGCAUUAUCGUUGCGUAAGAUUUGCUUCAAGCUUGUAGACCGAAUGUAUCGCGAGGUCGAUCGAAUACCGUCGCUGCUGUCGACCUGGCAUUUCAUAUCGAACUUCUGCCUGGCUCAUGUAAAAGAGGCCGCUCUUUCAGGGACCAUUCACGCCAUCUGGGAGAAGCAAUCAACUACCAUGAGGACGUCCUUGCAGAAGGAGACGCAAGGGGCUCUCGCUCUUCUUGAAUCCAACAAUGGUCCGGAUGGUACGAAAUGGUUGACUCGAUUCGCUCCGGUUGUUGUUUCGUCGCCAGAUAUUGGACUCUCCAUCAUGACGGCUUCCGAUUUCUUAGACACGCUCGUCAGUGCUUACAACCCUCGCACAUCAGAUGUGAAGCGGAAGGCGCUGUCGAACUUUGUCUUUCACGGAAUGGUCGCACUCGCCAGGACUGACCCGCCAAAUGUGUCGCUUCUUGCUGAUCAACUUUACUCCCUUAAAACUCAAGCCGAUGCCUCGUCGACCAACCUGUCGUUACUUCAUGAUGCUGUCACCAAUACCCCUUUGACAUCCAAGCUUCAACAAACCAUUGCUUCAAACUCUUCCGAUAGACUAGCGAAACUUCUGGCGACGCUCGAGACGUACCGUACACCGAGCAUCGCGCGCAGGAAACGAUCAGUACGAUCCCGUCCCGCAAAGGGCAAACAAAAUGCCGAUAGAAACGCCGAACUGCAUGUUCAUCACAUGAGUCUCAUCACACAAGUACAAGAUCUGUUUCCUGAUCUUGGAUCCGGGUUCGUCGUCAAAGUGUUGAGUGAAUACAACGACGAUGUCGAACAGACCAUUGCACAUCUCCUCGACGACUCGUUGCCACCUCAUCUCGCAUCCCUAGACCGAUCUGCAGAGAUGCCCACAGGUACAGAACCCCAACCCGACCAUCUCGCACCCCGUCCAACACCACCCGCCGCCAUCCAACCGUUCAUCCCCUCGCGUCGCAACGUCUUCGACAACGACGAGAUCCACAACCUCCAACUCGGCACCGACCGCCUGCACAUCGGCAAAGCCAAAAUCGACCUCUCGACCGCGUCCGACGCCCAGCCCAACAAAGCCGCCAUCCUCUCCGCGCUGGCCGCGUUCGACUCGGACGACGACGAGCGCGACGACACCUACGACGUCGACGACGUCGGCGGGACGAUCGACACGGCGCACCCGGACGGCGAACCGGGCAUCAUCGCGGCGAGAGCCGCCCAGGACGAAAACGACGCGGCGCUCUUCGCCGCCUACAGAUCCGCCCCGGAGCUCUUCGGCCGCGCGCACGAGAUCCGGCGCGGCCAGGCCCGCGCCGCGCUGAAGCGGGAGACGGGCAUGACGGACGAGGCGAUCGAGGGCUGGGCCAUCAUGCUCGCGCGCGACCCCAAGCGCGCGCGGAAGCUCGAGGCGCAAAGCGCUGCGUUCGACGGGCGGCAGGUCCAUCUCGCGGGGACGGCGUAUCGCGGGGAGGCCGCAGCGGACACCGACACCGAUGGAUCGGACGGAGGUGGUGGUGGUAGUGGGGUGAUGAAUGCGCCGAGGGGCGGGUUCCGUGGACGGGGCCGGGGUGGGCGAGGCGGGCGAGGCGGAGGGAAUGUGGCGGGCGAGGCGGGCGAGGCGAGCACCGCGCACGCCCAGCGUCGGAAGGAGGCGAGCAAAGGCAGUCGGGCGAACCACAAUCGCCGGAACCAGCGGGCGAAGAAGAUGGCGAGGGGAGGGUUUCCCGGGUGA